AUGCCGCCUUCGCAGCUUAAACAGCUCAAGGCUUCCCUCCGCGAGGGUGGAGUCUUGGGGCCCCAGCAGUCCAAGAAGCAAAAGCGUCAGAAUGCGAAGACUGGUGUGUCCGCGCAAAAUCGCAUGAAGCGGGAAUCCGCUCUGCAGGCGAUUCGCGAUCGUUUCAACCCGUUCGAGAUCAAGGCCACUUCGCGCCCCAAGUUCGAUGUGACCACGCGCGAUGUCGGACCUAAGUCGAAACAUGGCCAUGCGAGGCCCGGUGUGACCAAGUCUCUUGGUGAAGAAAAGAGACGCCAUACGCUUUUGCGCGAAAUGGACCGCAAGAACAAAGUUGGUGGAAUCCUCGAUCGCCGGUUCGGUGAGGAUGAUCCGACAAUGACGCCGGAAGAAAGGGCUGCCGAGCGAUUCGCCCGUGAGAGUCAGAAGAAACUGCGCAAGGAGUCGAUGUUCAACUUGGAGGACGACGAGGAAGAGUUCCAGCUCACACAUCAAGGCCAGUCUCUGAAGCGAGAGUUUGCCGACGAUGAGGAGGCUCUAGAUGACGAUAUCGUAUUUGACGAUGAGGAAGGGGAAGAGCAGCCAGAGCGCAAGAAGUCGAAGCACGAAGUCAUGAAAGAAGUCAUCGCCAAGUCCAAGUUCUACAAAGCCGAACGACAGAAAGCUAAGGAAGACGAUGACGAUCUUCGAGAGGAGCUCGACAAAGGUCUUCCCGAUCUCUUCGACAUGUUGAGAGGCGUGAAGCCUCCCCCGAAACCGGAGCCUCCAAAGGACGAUUUCGCCUCAAUGGACCCCGCUCGUGCAGCACUGCUGGCCGGAAAGUCACAGAACGAGACCGAGCAGGAGUAUGACCAACGCUUGAAGCAGUUGACCUUCGAUAAGAGGUCUCAACCGACGGACCGUACGAAGACGGCAGAGGAGAAGGCGGCGGAAGAGGCCGAGCGGCUGAAGAAGCUGGAAGAAGAGCGUGUUCGACGAAUGCGCGGUGAGGAGCCAAGCGAGGACGAAGAGGAGGAGGAUGAAGAGGAAAGUGACGAGGAAGGCAGUGAGGACGACGACGAGGAGUCGUUACCGGACGAUGCCAAAGCGUUCGGUUUGCAGCAGCCCACGGCCGAGACGAGCACUCGUCCCGAACUGGGUGUCGAAGAUGAGGACGAUUUCAUUAUCGACGAUGACCUUGUGGAAACGAGGUCUAAUGCCAGUCUCUCCUUCGAUGAAAGCGACCUGGAGAUGGAAUCCGCGGAGGAGUCCGACGAGGAGCCUGAAGACGACCAGGAGGACGAGUUGAUCAAUGGCUUCACGCUCCCUGAGAGCAAGUCCGGCGAUACCUCGACAGCUCCCAACAGCACCGAAGAGCCAACUGACGCCAUGACGAGUUCCUGGAGAUCAUCAAGGACCGUGUCUAUGCAGGACCUCCCCGUCGUCGUCCAGAGGAUUCGUGCCCUGCACCAUCCCCGUCUUCACCCCGACAACAAGAUGAAGCUCGGCCGUUUCGCGGGCAUCCUCGUCGAGCACGUUGCAUACAUGGCCGAUCUACCGGAACAUCCUCCCUUUGCCAUUGUGGAAAACAUCCUCCGUCACAUCCACUCCCUGGCGAAGACUCACCCCGACACCGUCUGCCAGGCAUAUCGCGCCCAUCUCCGCCAGAUUGCCACGGAGCGUCCGCUCAAUCUCCGUGCUGGUGACCUCGUCAUCCUCACCGGCAUUGCCACCACCUUCCCAACCUCCGACCACUUCCACGCUAUCGCAACCCCGGCACACCUCUGCAUCUCGCGCUACCUGGGCCAGGGCGUCGUCAACUCCCUCGCCGACGCGUCCGCCGGCACUUACGCAGCCAGCUUACUCCUGCAAUACCAGUUCAUCUCCAAGCGCUACAUGCCGGAAUUCAUCAACUACACCCUCAACAUGCUGUGCCACCUCAGCCCGAAAGAGCCCAGCGAGAGUCUCGGGUCCUUCCCCCUCCGGAGCCCGCAAACCUCUCUGCGUCUGAACCUCUCUUCUUCCAAGACUACCAUCUCCCCCCGCAAGCUUCGCUUCUGGGACACGACCGACCAAACCCACUCCAACCCCGAAGAGCUCAAACUAUCCCUGCUCACCACCCUCGUCACCCUCCUCGGCACCGCCUCCGACCUCUGGACCAGCAAAUCCGCCUACACCGAAAUCUUCACUCCAGUCCAGAACGUCCUUAACCACCUCCGCAGCAGCCUCAAGGGCAACAAGAAACUCAUCUCCUCUCAAGUGCGGGACACCAUUCAAUCCACCCUGGACAAGGUUACCACCCAACUCUCUCAAGCCAAACUCACCCGUCGACCCCUCCUCCUGCACAACCACCGGCCCUUGGCCAUCAAAACCGCCAUCCCCAAGUUCGAAGAGACCUUCAACCCGGACAAGCACUACGACCCGGACCGCGAGCGCGCCGAAAGCAACCGUCUCAAGGCGGAAUACAAGCGCGAGCGCAAGGGAGCGAUGCGCGAGCUCCGCAAGGACGCCAACUUCAUUGCGCGCGAGAAGCUCCGCGAGAAGAAGGAGCGCGAUGCCGAGUACGAGCGCAAGUACAAGCGGCUUGUGGCGGAGGUGCAGAACGAGGAGGGUCGCGAGGCGAAUGCUUACGAAAGGGAGAAGAGAAUGCGGCAGGGCAAGCGGUGA